AUUUAUAUCCCCCUUUCUAGAUGAGGCGGGGAUUUACUUAUCCAAAAGCUGCCACGUCAGCGGUGUUCUUACGUGGCAAAAUUUCGAAGGGGCUCAAAUAUUUUUUUGGGGAGAAGAUGGAAGCGAACAACGCAGGAGAAUUUGCAGAGGGACUACAAAUGGGCGACACAAUUUCGGGUUCUUCGAAUUAAAAGGUAAAGGAGGCGGAGAUAUGGCUUUGGAUGGUUUUGUGCAGAGCAAGUGCAAGGGCAUCGGUCUGAGAGAUGGUGAUGGUAUCUCCGUUUGCGGUGGUAGGGGGAAGUGCCAUUCGUCUUCCAUUACAUGUGGGUGGCCUUCCUCCAACAGAAAGCUUUGCUUAGCCACAGUGAAGGCCAGGGCGGUUGUCACGCCCGCUCACACUAACAUCAAGGUUGAAGACGAAGAGGAUUUCAUCAAAGCUGGCGGAAGUGAAAUUCAAUAUGCACAAAUGCAGGCCACAAAGACUACUGACCAGCCAAACAUUGCUGAUAAGUUGCAACUUCUUCAACUUGGAGAUGAAAAUUUGGAUUUGGUAGUCAUGGGGUGUGGUCCAGCAGGGAUGUCACUAGCUGCAGAAUCAGCUAAGCAAGGUCUGAAUGUGGGCCUUAUUGGGCCUGAUAUGCCAUUUACAAAUAACUAUGGUGUGUGGGAAGAUGAAUUUGAAGCUCUUGGACUUAAAAACUGCAUAGAACAUGUUUGGAGAGACACUGCAGUGUAUCUAAAAAAUGACAAACCUCUACUAAUUGGACGUGCUUAUGGUCGUGUAAGUCGACGUUUGCUUCGUGAGGAAUUGCUGAGAAGGUGUGCUGAAGCUGGAGUACGGUAUCUUAACUCCAAAGUAGAGAAGAUUAUAGAAACAAGUGAAAGCAAUAGUCUCAUCUCUUGUGAAAAUGGAAUAAUGAUUCCUUGCAGGAUUGUAGCUGUUGCAUCGGGGGCUGCUUCUGGAAGGUUUUUGCAAUAUGACCUAGAUGGCCCACCAGUUGGUGUUCAAACUGCAUAUGGCAUGGAAGUUGAGGUCGAAAGCUUUCCUUAUGACCCUGAAUUAAUGGUUUUUAUGGAUUAUCGAGAUUACAUGAACCAAAAGAACACACAAUGUGAUUCCAAUUUACCAACAUUUUUGUAUGCCAUGCCAUUAUCACAAACACGAGUAUUUUUUGAGGAGACUUGCUUGGCUUCAAGACCUGCCAUGCCAUUUGAACCAUUGAAGAAGAGAUUGCAAGAACGCCUUAAAAGUAUGGGUGUACGUGUUUUACAUUUGUAUGAAGAGGAAUGGUCUUAUAUUCCUGUUGGUGGUUCAUUGCCAAAUACAAGACAGAAGCACCUGGGCUUUGGUGCUGCAGCGAGCAUGGUUCACCCUGCCACUGGCUAUUCUGUUGUACGCUCUUUAUCAGAGGCUCCAUCAUAUGCAGCAGCUAUUGCAAGUGCUUUGAAGAAUAGCGUUGGCAAUGAAGCUACAAUGUUUUACCAAAAAUGUACAACGGAUGCAGCACUCAGAGCGUGGGAAACUCUUUGGCCUCAGGAACGAAAGCGUCAACGAGCAUUCUUUUUGUUUGGACUUGAAUUGAUUUUGCAAUUAAAUAUUGAUGGGACAAGAAUGUUCUUCGAGACAUUUUUCCAACUUCCUGAGUGGAUGUGGAAAGGAUUCCUCGGGGCAAGGCUUUCUUCAAUCGAUCUUAUUUGGUUUGCCUUGGUAAUGUUCAUCAUGGCUCCAAAUUACAUGCGUUAUUGUUUGGUAAAACAUUUGAUGUCAGAUCCAAGUGGAGCAAAACUGAUACGGACAUAUGUUGGCAUUUAACACUGACAGGACUGCCCAUUGUAUUAAAUAUUCCUUCUCUUCUCAUAGGCUUUUGUAUUCAUUUUUGGUGGAAUACUAUCAAUUAUUUCAUAAUCUUUCAUUAGCUUCA